AUGCACCGUGAUUCCCAAUACAACAUGAUGUUCUACUUUUCAAAACAUACAUCGUUCCUUAUCACUCCACAAAAUACCCGAGCUCUCAUCAUUCAGAUGGGUCCACGGAAGCGAAACCACAUUUUUGAGAAUUCCUCGGAGAAUGGUCUUGCGUAUGAAUCCUUCCAUGCUGCUGGUAUGUCGUCCCAGACGGUGGAGUUUCCACCCACGAAGAAAUUGAGAACUUCACCGAGGUUCCAUACAGCAACGCCCACCGCGGAUGCCGCGGCCGCAGAGCAAGUGGUAACUCCGAUGUGGUUUCAUGAUAAACAACCCCCCAAGGGGCCAAAAGCGAGCACUCUGUGGGGUCCGCAUAAGCCAAAUGCCAAAGCAAAGGGCAAAAAUCAGAAAAAGAGACUCUCCCUAGAACCGUCUGAAUUGAGCAAGCGAGCUCUUCCAGAACAUAGAAUCUGGCCGGUGCAGGACCCCCCAAUUACGGAUAUCAACGCGGUGCCAGAGGAAUUAAAUUGGACUCCGAAUGAUUAUGAUCUUGAUGAGAAGGACAUCGAAGGCAAUAUCAAGAGAUGCCAGGAGCGUAUUGCGACUGGUAUCAUACCGGACUUUUUUGAAAGGAAACUGGCAAAAUAUGAGAACAUGCUAGCCAAGCGUCAGGAAGUCAUGUCUCGGGAGCCUGGCGUGAAUGACUCAGAUGUGAAGCUGCGGCUGGAGUGUUUAAAGCUCAUUGAAGCUGGCCUUGAGAAGAAAGGAGACCGGUAUGACCAGCUCCCGAAUGUCUGGGCGAUCAUCGAAGCCUACAAGGCAGGCGAGCUGUACUGGCACGCCGAAAAGAUGGUCACAUACUGGUCCAAAGGAGAGCAGAUCGGGAGACCAAGGAAGUUUGACUGGGAAGAUUUCAGGAAGACUGCGGGUGAAAAUGACGGCCACACGGGCUUCUGGGUUGAAGGCUUAAAUGGCCCCGGACCGACACAUAUGGCUUAUUUUGGUAGACAGAGGGCUCUUCACGAAUGGGAUAACAUGCAUUAUAUUGAAUACGAAGCCGCAAUCGCCAGUUCCACUAAAUUUGGGGUGAAGAUGCAAUUUAUUGAUGAUACUGCGUCUUCUGUGACAACCAUGUAUGCCGACGACGUGGAGAUGUUGAGGACCGUGGCUGGUCCGGAUCGGCCCCAACCCUAUUGUAUGGGGGAACUACUCGUAGAGAGCGCGACUUCGAUUGAACCAUUCUCUACCAUCGUCCUUGCGCUGAGAGUGUUAGAGUUUGAUUCCUUCAAACCUAUGACUCGCUGGGUUUACCGCCAGAUCGUGGAAUGGCCAGACGCAAACCGCUUGGCAGGCCCUGGCAUUGGUAUGCCUCGUCUCAGUGGUUCCUGGUGGAGAGAAAUGGUCUUCAACGGUCAAGUCCCGGAUAAUAAGCGAGAGAUGAUCGUGGCUACUACCGGCCGUAAAUUUCGUUCCGUUAUACCUAAUGCCAAUCGCAACAAGGCCGUUCUUGGUGGAGAGUCUCCAAUCAUUAGACAACUCCAAGAAGAGCCCCAAGAAGAUAUCAAACAAGAAUCCGAAGAAUAUUCAAAUGCGGCCGGAUUCGGCAGAUUGUCAUUUUCUAGUUGA